AUGCUGCGCCGGCGCGGAGCCUUCAGCGUGGAGCCGCUCCACGACCGCGAUGGUCCCUGGGAGACAGCCGAGAGCUGCAUCGUGCGCACCUCGGCCAGCGUCUACCGCCGGCUGCAGGAGAGCCCGCGGCAGCCCCCGCGGGGCAUGAGCACCCGGGGACCCCCCCCGCGGCCCCCCAGCAGCCCCCCGGCCGGCGGGAGACUCCUCAAGUCCGAGUCGGAGGACUCCGGGGUGGAGAUGGCCAGCAACGAGCACUCGCCCUCCACCCCGCUGGGCUCCGAGAGCAGCUUCUCCCUCGACGGCUUCGCGGCCGAGAAGCCCCCACGGGAGGGGCCGGGCUCGCAGCCCCCCCGGACACCCCGGAGCCGCUCUGCCAGCAGGAAGCUGCUGCAGGCAGCGCAGCGGAGCAGGAGGCAGCGGUGCCCGCGACAGCUCAGCCGGCGCAGCUCCAGCACAGCCGACCUGGCGGAGCCUCCACGGGAGCCCGAGGAGCCCGAGGGAGCGGCGGCCCCCGCGGCUGGAGGGGCUGGGUCGCCCGGCAGCCCCCGAGACCCCCGGGCUGUGCCCGAGGGGCAGGGUCUGCGGUACCUGGAGCACGUCUGCCAGAUGCUGGAGCGCCUGGCGCGGCUGCAGCAGGACAACAGGAUCCUCCGGCAGCAGGCGGCCGGUGCCCAGCGCACCCGCCCGGGCACCCUGCCCACCCGGGAACCCCCGAGGCAGAAUUCGGCUGCGUGGAGGGAUGAGGGGUUCCGUCCGCGCUCUUGCUCAGACAGCCAGGCCCCAGCCCCCGAGCCGUGCCGGAGGAUGUGGGGGCACUCUGCCAGCUCCCCCAGCCUGCUGGACCCCUCCGAGAGCGGGGCGGGUGCCGCGGCCCCGGACAAGGACGGGCGCUCGCACUGGGGCCGGGUGAAGGUGCUGCUCACCCGCCUCACCCGCCGCUCGCUGCGGGGCGGCCGGUGCAGGUAGGGCGGCGGAGGGGGGUCCCGCUCCCACCGGUGCACCUGAUGGAGGGACCGCGCUGUGCUGUUGCGUCACACCCCGCCCUAUGACGUCACGCUCGCCCGGGGCCGGUCCCCGGCGCCCCCCCCGUCCCUCCACUUCACCCUUUUUUGUUUUCCGGUCUCCCCUAAUAAAGUCUUUUG